AUGGCCGAGUUCAACGAGGCGCUUGCUGGGGUGGUGGAGGCCGUGCGCGAGGCACGGUACUCGGCGGCGACGCUUGCGGCGUUGUCGGAAGCCGCCGCGGCGUCGACGGCGCUGCAGGCGUCUGUGCUGGAGCGGCUGUACCCCAAGGUGACGGGCCUGCAGCCGCUGUCUGUCGAGCAGACACGGGUCUUGCUGCAAGUCCUCGCCACAUUGCUGGAGGCGAACUCGCAUGCACGGGUCUCGCAGUGGUCGACCUUUGUGCUGCAGCGCAUUGCGGCGCCCGACGCGGCGCUGGCGGACAACGUCCAAGCGACGGCGCUCCGGAUGCUGGCCUCGUCGUCGGCCCUCACGCUGCGGGUCCUCUCGGCGCACGUGGCCGAGGCGGCGCUCGGAUCGGUUGUGCCCGGUGAAGGCCCGGUCGGCGCACUGCUGCGCGGCGUGGCCAACGCGGCGCCUGCAGCGGUCUCGGCCAUCCUGGUCACCAUGCUCACGUCGGACGACGAUCUGGAGGCUGCGGCAUCGGCGGGAGAUCAGGAGGCGGCCGCGACCGAUGAUGCCAGUGCAUCGCCGCGGCUGGUGGCCACGCUGCGGCUGCUCAAUGCGAUUGCGCUUGACCAAGGCUCGCGGAUGCACGAGCUCUUCACCCCCGAGCUUCUGACAGUCCUCCUCCGCGACAUGGUCAUCUCGCCUGCUGCGGCUGACGAUGUUGUGGUGGCGGCGUCGGUCACGCUCUUCAUGCUAAUCCCGCUCCUUCCACCCCUCUUUGUUCCGCACCUCGACGACUUGUUUUCGGUGCCGUGCGCGCUGAUGACCCGCAUCGAGGCCGGUCUGGAGGUGCUGGACGAGGCGGUCGCGCCCGAGUUGGAGGCACGACCGGCCCAAGUGGUGCUGGCGGAGCACGGUGAUGGCCCGCUCCCGCUCCGGCAAGUUGUUCAAAUCUACUUUGCCCUUCUGUAUGGCAUGUUCCCCACGAGGUUCUUUGCCCGAAUGCGCGAGGUCUUUCUCGCACCAGGCUCGAGCGCGUGCACCAAGACCACCAUUUACCAGUGCAUGUCGCGGCUGCCGUUCAACCCGUCGUCGCUGACACACACGCCCGAGCUUGGGGCGGAGCGGUGGCACAAGCCGGCGACAAUCAUCACCACCUGCUUUGGCCUUGCCAGCCCGGGCGCGGCAGUGGCGAGCCCAAUGCCGGCGGCAGGCUUGGCAACAUUGGUCAACGACCUCUACUCGCAUCACUUGUAUGCCGAGGACGAGGGUGGGAGCGGGGGCGGGGCCUCAAGCGGUGGAUCGAGCGCGCCGCAGCACCCGCUGAUGGCUCUCUUGGAGCCGCAGACCGAGAACAAGGUGUUGACAGUGCUACACGAGGUGGAAGAGCUACUGGCGGAGAGCAGCGACGGGCAGCACCCGGGGCCCGCGGCGCUCCGCGUUCUACGUGUGGAGGCGUCGCUGCUGCUGGAGCGGUUCUGGUGCGCGAUGCACAAGGAGCGAGUCCGGCUGCUCUCGCGCGACAUUGUGGACUCUGCGGAGCGCGAGGCGCAAAACAUGGCGCUCUUCCGCAAGGUGCAGAGCCAGCGCGGGGCGAUCCAGGCAUUGCACAAGGAUGUGGAUGCCGAGCGUGCACGAGGAGCUGUGGCGGCGGAACAGCAUGCAGCGGCAGCAGCGGCGCUCAAGGUGCAGCUCGACAGCGCGCAGGCGCGGAUUGCGACCCUAGAAGCGAUGGGCGCAGCCAAGGACGUCGAGCUGGAGCAGGCGAAGCAGAGCCUCCGCAGCGCCGAGGACGAAAUCGCGCGCAAGAACGAGACUCUGCUCUCGCUGAAGGCCAAGCUGGCCACGGCGCUGCCGCUGCUGGAGCGCCAGGCGAGCUACGAGGCGUCGCUCGAGUCAAUGUCACACGAGCUGCUCAACGAGCGGGCGGCCGAGCUCUCUGCGGCGCUGAAGAUCCACAAAAACGUCGAGGCCAAACUUCAGGUGAAGCUGGCCAAGGCCGAAGCCGAGAUCAAGCUCUUGCAGUCGUUUACAUCGCAGGCGACUUCGCGGGUCUCGUCGCUACAGACCGAGAACGCUUCGCUACACGAGGCGGUGGAGCGGGCGGCCGACCUGCUUGCGGCGCAGCAGGCGGCGGCCGAGGCUGCGCAAGCUGCGCUGACCGCCAAGUACGAGUCGGCCAAGGCAAUCAAUGCAGCGCUGAUGUGUAAGCUGGAGAGCGGCGAGCAGUAA